AUGGUGGCCAUGUUGCACUUAGCUGGCUAUUCCGCGUUGUCCGGCUCAUUCGAAGGUACAGCUUCAGCGGAUGCCGGGGCUCGCACUGCCCUGGCUAUGAUUUACAUUUAUGUCAUUUUCUACGGCUUCAGCUGGAAUGGAAUUCCGUGGAUCUUCGCCUCCGAGGCGCUCCCCAACCGGGCUCGGACGCUGGGCAUGAUGAUCGCGGUUUGCGCACAGUGGCUGGCGCAGUUCAUUGUGGUCUACAGCCUUCCACAUACGAUCAACAAGAUAACCUGGGGGACUUUUCUUCUCUUUGGGACAUGCACGGUGGUUGCGUUUGUCUUUGCGUUCCUGUUUGUUCCGGAGACUAAAGGUGUUCCACUGGAGGACAUGGACAUGUUGCUGGGGGCUGAUGCGCCUCUCUUUGCCAGAGCGACUCGCAGGAGGUACUUGGAGGCACGAGAUGCUGGAUUGAUCAACCUAGCACUUCAUUUGUCUCAAGAGAAGCAACAGGUGGAGCGAGAAAAUGUCGAGGGCGAACGGGUCUAG